CUGAGGAUAGGUGAAUCUAGAAAGAUAGACUAGAGCAAAGUACCAGUUAGACGCACAAUACAAAGACUUGUGUGAAACAAUUGAAUACUGCAUUUAUUGCAGCUUUACAUUGGGCUUCAGACAUAUUUGAAUCUAAAUAAAUCUACUGCAAAGGAUACAUUUAACAUGGCAGCUGGUGAGAGAAUGAAUGCUGAUGACUGCAAUGGACAUUCAUAUAUGUCAGCCAGUGGAGGAGAGACAGCGACGGAGCAUGGUGAUUUCUGUGGAGGUCUGAGGGUUCCGGCCGUGAGAACUCAACAGUCCUCUCUCAACCAAUCUCUCGGUGUGAACUCUAUUAAGGUAGAGGAGGACAGUGAAAAUGAGCCUGUUGGUGCUCUACAGCCAGAGAGGAGAAAAGGAGAGAGUGAUGACAGAGAGGACACAAUAGAAGACGGGAGUGGAGAGCUGGGAGGAAGGGUGGGUCGAGGGAGUGCAGGAAGUGGUUACGGGGAGCUGGCCAGUCCUCAGCCUGCAUCCCCUGGUCCCAUCCGACUGCCCAAUGGGAAGCUCCAAUGUGACGUGUGUGGAAUGAACUGUAUCGGGCCCAAUGUACUGAUGGUGCACAAGCGCAUCCACACAGGUGAGCGUCCGUUCCAGUGUACCCAGUGUGGAGCCUCCUUCACCCAGAAAGGGAACCUGCUGCGCCACAUAAAGCUGCACUCUGGAGAGAAACCCUUUAAAUGUCCCUUCUGUAACUACGCCUGUCGCCGCCGGGACGCACUCUCUGGACACAUCCGCACACACACUGUGCCCUCUCUGACAGUGGGUAAACCUUACAAGUGCAGUUACUGUGGUCGUAGCUACAAGCAACAGAUCACCCUGGAAGAACACCUUGAACGCUGCCACAACUACCUAAAGUGUCUACAGAACCAUCAGCCAGCACUCAGCACUGAACACACUGCACAGGGUAUGGAGCCGAUGUCUGAGCCAGAGGCUGUCCUCCAGCCGUCCACUGAGAAACUGUCUUUUAUAGACAGACUGGUGAACACCAUCACCAAACGCAAGAGGUCCACUCCACAGAAGUUUCUGGGAGAAAAGCACAUGAGGCUCAACGAGCCUGAUAUAACUUCUGAACUAUCCCCUGGUCCUGAAAAGGAAAAGGAUGGGGACCUGCACUCUGCACCCAACUCUCACCUUGAGGGAGAGGCUGGUGAUGCAGGGUUAGUGGGGAUGGGGGGCAGGUAUCUCCACAUGUAUGGAGGUGAUGGCGACCCUGGGUCUGAGCCACCUCAGCUGGCCCUGCCCCUGCCCUACUCUGCCUGCCUGUCUGACCCCAGCCCAGUCAGCAGCUCUGUUUAUAGCCACCCGAUUCCUCUGGGUCCCCAGGUCAAUGGAGCCGUAGGUGGGCGUGGAGGUGGGGUAGCGGCCAGGUUUGUGGAGCUCGCUGGACGGGAAGCAGGCGAGGGACACAAGGACAUACCCUCAGGUCAGAGCCCCACGGUCAGCAAUGGCUACAGCAAUGGCCCCAGCAAUGGCUGCCAUGAUUUCAAAGACAAGUCCGACACAGAGAGCAAAGCAGAGGAGCAGCAGAGCACCGGUGUUACAGCUCCAACCAGCAACUCCAACAACCACCACUUCCUCCCUAACCUUCAGUACGUAGCCCCAGCCCUGCCCAGCAGCCAUCGCGACCGCCGUCCAAACCCCAAUCCCAGACACGCCCAAGACCCAGAUAUAGAGAGGGAGAGAGGGUACACCGACACCACCAUCCCCACCACUGUGAAGGGAUCGGGGAGCCCUGGUCCAGGGUCACCAUCCAUCUCCGGGGAAACUUCGAUACAGGUACAGCUGGUGGACAGGGAGGGACGAGCGGUGCGGUCAUUCCGCUGUGAGCACUGUCGCAUGUUCUUCCUGGACCACGUGAUGUUCACCAUCCACAUGGGCUGCCACGGAUUCCACCAGCCUUUCCAGUGCAACGUCUGUGGCCACUGCAGCUGCAACCGCUACCAGUUCACCUCGCACAUCAUCCGCGGGGAGCACCAGGUGGGCUGAGGAUGGGAGCACCAGGUGGGCUGAGGACGGGAGUACCAGGUGGGCUGAGGACAGGAGCACCAGGUGGGCUGAGGACAGGAGCACCAGGUGGGCUGAGGACGGGAGCACCAGGUGGGCUGAGGACAGGAGCACCAGGUGGGCUGAGGACGGGAGUACCAGGUGGGCUGAGGACAGGAGUACCAGGUGGGCUGAGGACAGGAGCACCAGGUGGGCUGAGGACAGGAGCACCAGGUGGGCUGAGGACAGGAGUACCAGGUGGGCUGAGGACAGGAGUACCAGGUGGGCUGAGGACAGGAGUACCAGGUGGGCUGAGGACGGGAAUACCAGGUGGGCUGAGGACAGGAGCACCAGGUGGGCUGAGGACAGGAGCACCAGGUGGGCUGAGGACGGGAGCGAAGGGGGAGAGUCGGUCCCAACUGCCCUACCCCUUAGCCCUUCCCCUUCAAUGUUUACACAUCUGAAGGAUCUGGAUAGGUAUAAUCAGUGUAGUGGUGGAGAUUUCACUGUAUUGCUUCCACAUUACAAGGGAGUGGGAGUGAAUUGAGACCGGCUGGGGGUGAAGGGGGUGGGUGGGGCGAGGGAAAGGCAGGGGUGUCUGCUUCUUUGAGGUGACAUGGGCUGCUUGUUCUGCACCAGAUUACACACAGAGACACCCAUUGCCUUAACUGUUACAUAGAAGUAACCCAGGAUGAUCUUGUUGUGACUGAGAGAAGGCAUAUUGUUUACAACUGUUAAUGUAAUGACGGAGUAUGUGAUCAUGUGUAAAGGACAUUAUGAACAUGAAAUAUCCUGCCUUAGGUGAUGUGGAUCCUUCACUGUGGAUGGUUACAGAUUUUAACCAUGGAGAUUAAGAAGAAAGCUAAUAGGGGCCUUAUAAUACUGGUCUAGAUCAGACUGUUGACCCAUGUCCAGUGAUGGAGAGGGCUCGACUGAGGUGGUCAGGUAGACGAGGCUGCUACAUUUAAUGGAGGAUUGCACUUCUAGAUUAUUGGCUUGAAUGUGAUAAUAGCGUGACGUGAAAACUACUUUUAACUUUGGAGGGUAUUCAAUCAAUCAGUCAAAUGUAUUUAUAAAGCCCUUCUUACAUCAGCUGAUGUCACAAAGGGCUGUACAGAAACCCAGCCUAAAACCCCAAACAGCAAGCAAUGCAGGUGUAGAAGCACGGUGGCUAGAAACAACUCCCUAGAAAGGCAGGAACCUAGGAAGAAACCUAGAGAGGAACCAGGUUCUGAGGGGUGGCCAGUCCUCUUCUGGCUGUGCCGAGUGUAGAUUAUAACAGUGCGUUGCCAAUAUGUUCAACCCCAUCCACUCUGCCAAAGCACAGCCCCCACACCAUUAGAGGUAUAUCUUCAAACCACCAACUUACUACCCUGAGACAAGGCUGAGUAAAGCCCACGAAGAUCUCCCCCACAGUACGAACCUGAGGGG